GAUGGCGGACCGCAGUGUCCCCAGACUUGCCCAGGGAGGGACCGAGCAAAGUCACUGAGCCACUUUCACCGGCUCCAGUAACCUGUCGCCCGACCACCUGUUAAAGGGAGGCCACUGUUGUUCUCGUUGUCCCACCCAUGAAAUAGUAUGUGGGACGGGAUCUGCAGGGAGUGCGCAGACCGGGACGAGCCAGAAGUGGAGUGAGCAGGAGCGCAGUGUGCCGGGCUGACGCGCCGCACGUUGAGCCAGCAAGUUGACUGAUAUAAUAAAAGUCGCGUCGACGGGGAAGCGGACAGCCGCUCGGAUUUAACAGAGCUUUGAGGGGGACACUUGUUCCGGCAAAAUGAAAUUCGCGGAGCAUCUUUCGUCCCAUAUCACUCCCGAGUGGAGGAAACAGUAUCUCCAGUAUGAGGCAUUCAAGGAUAUGCUAUAUGCUGCCCAGGACCAAGCUCCAUCUAUAGAAGUCACAGAUGAAGACACGGUGAAGAGAUACUACGCUAAGUUUGAGGAGAGGUUUUUCCAGACCUGUGAGAAGGAGCUUCUGAAAAUCAAUACUUUCUAUUCAGAAAAGCUUGCCGAGGCCCAGAGACGAUUUGCGACGCUGCAGAACGAGCUGCAGUCUUCACUGGACGCUCAGCGAGAGAGCAAUGCUUCGCCCGGUCUGCGGAAACGCAAGACCAGGUUCCACCUGUCGCAGGAGGAGCGCUGCAAACACCACAACAUCAAAGACCUGAAGCUAGCCUUCAGCGAGUUCUACCUCAGCCUCAUCCUGCUUCAGAACUACCAGAACCUGAACUUCACUGGUUUCCGUAAGAUCCUGAAGAAACAUGACAAGAUCCUGGAUACGUCCCGCGGGGCGGACUGGCGUGUGGCUCAUGUGGAGGUGGCACCUUUCUACACCUGCAAGAAGAUCACACAGCUCAUUACUGAGACGGAGACCCUGGUGACCACAGAGCUGGAGGGAGGCGACCGUCAAAGGGCCAUGAAGAGGCUGAGAGUUCCUCCUCUGGGGGCGGCUCAGCCCGCUUUGGCCUGGACGACCUUUCGCGUGGGUCUCUACUGCGGCUUCUUCAUCAUUCUCGCCAUCUGCUUCGUUAUCACUGGUGCCGUGUUCUUCCGCUCGGAGAACGUCUGGCCUAUGGUGCGCAUCUAUCGGGGCGGUUUCCUGUUGAUCCAGUUCCUCUUCCUGUUGGGCAUCAACACCUAUGGAUGGAGACAGGCUGGAGUCAACCACGUGCUCAUCUUUGAGAUCAAUCCACGAAACAACCUCUCACACCAACACCUGUUUGAGAUUGCUGGUUUCCUGGGCGUGUUGUGGUGUCUCAGCAUCCUCUCCUGUCUCUACUCGCAGUACACUUACAUCCCCAUGCAGGCCAACCCUCUCAUCCUUUACGGCUUCAUGGUGCUCUUCCUCAUCAACCCCUUCAAGACCUGCUACUACAAAUCACGUUUCUGGCUCCUCAAACUGCUGGUCGCUAAAACCAGAGGAGUUCUUCAGUGCAACCCUCUGACACAAGUUGUGUUUGUGUGUUUUCUUUCAGAGCAAAGUCACGCCGACGCCAACACCUUCUUCUACCUUCUGAUUGUGUCUUCAAUCAUCAGCUCCCUGUACACACUGAUCUGGGACCUGCGUAUGGACUGGGGUCUGUUUGAUCGUGGAGCUGGCGAAAACAUCUUCCUCAGAGAAGAAAUUGUUUAUCCACAUAAGGCCUACUACUACUGCGCGAUUGUGGAAGAUGUGAUCCUGCGUUUUGCUUGGACGAUCCAGAUUUCUCUGAUCACAAUGACCAAGAUCAACUCUGUGGGCGACAUCUUGGCCACCAUGCUGGCUCCUCUCGAGGUCUUCAGGCGCUUUGUGUGGAACUUCUUCCGUCUGGAGAACGAGCACCUGAACAACUGCGGUGAGUUUCGUGCGGUCCGGGAUAUCUCUGUGGCGCCGCUCAACGCUGACGACCAGACGCUGCUGGAACAGAUGAUGGACCAGGAGGACGGAGUCCGGAACCGCUCGGGCAAGAAGACCUGGAAGAGGUCCCACAGCCUGUCGCUCCGACGCCCCCUGCUGUCCACCUCACAGUAAGAAACCACAUGUGUGCCUGACAUCGUGCACUUUUAUUUCACUUUGAAGACGAGUGCAGAGCUCGUAUCACUGUAG